AUGGAGUUAUACGAUGCCUCAGACGUGGUCAUGUGCCGAGCUUUUUCACUUACUCUAUCCGAUGUUGCUAGACUCUGGUUCAAACAAUUAAAAUUGAAGUCCAUCAGUUCGUUUGCCGAACUCAGCAAUGCGUUCGUCACGAACUUCAUUGGGGGAAAGAAGAAACUUAAAGCAUCGGUACAUCUGAACAACAUAGUUCAGAAAGAAGGGGAACUCAAGGACUACAUCAAAUGCUUCAAUCUCGAAGCCCUACAGGUCCGAAAGCACUCGGAUGAAACAACCCUAAACGCCGCCAUGCAAGGGCUAAGAGAUAAGCCCUUUCUCUUCUCCUUAGACAAGAACCCCCCAUCCAUGUUGGCUGAGUUCAUGAAUUGGUCGCAGAAAUACGCCGACACAAAGGAAUCUAGGAUCCUGUGA